CACCCGCAUAAUCAAAAACACUUUACCUUGUGGUUGUAACUGCAAAUAUCAUUUAUGCCAUAUUGUGGCUUUUCGUGUUGUCGUUUGUUUAUCAUUCCAAUCUGUGUUUUUCUCGACAUUCAAAUAUAUCUAACAAAGACUCAACAUCAUCACUUGUAGUAAAUGUGUGACAUAUUGCCGUUUAAUUGUUGCUCAUUGUUCAGAUUUUCAAAACUCAACUGCAUGAAAUUCAAAAAAAUGUAUGCUUACUAUCUCACAAGGUGUAACAUUAUGUCAAAUGUUUUACAUAUAAUUGUUAUUGUCAUUCAGCAGUACGACGACUGCCGCGCUCUCACAAACACAUUGAAACAAUUUAUUGUUCGAUUUUUGCUGGACCACACCUGAUAUGGUUGAACAUCAAUUGUAUGCGUGUCAAUUUAUUGUGCAAAAAGUUUUGCCUUCAAUGCGCGUUGUCUUGUUUAUCGCAAAAAAGUUAAACCCAUUUUCGUCAAUUUUGAGCAAUAUAAUGCUAUAGUUUCCCUGUACCGAUGUGAGAGUUAAUUGAUAAAAAUGAAGACGUUUAUCCAGCGCUCAAGGAUGUUGACUUGGAGUGGACCUACGAGUGGAACCGGGUGUUCCUAGGAGAACUCAUCCCAAACCCAAUCAAAAUGAAAUGCUCCGUAAGUCAGCCAGCAUUGACCGGAGAAGAAUAAGCCCCACCGUGCCAGCGACUGCCGCUGUCCGCAACAAUCGCAUCCCGAAAGUGCUCCUGCGGUAAUCGACGGAGACGUACUCGUGCCAAAAGCACUGCAUUCCGCAGAGGACUACGAAACCGCAGCCGUUGUAAACAAUCAUCCAUCAGUAACAGCGAGCGAUGUCCUCAUCGGAUGAAAAAGACGACGGCGGCGGCGGUGCCGAGGAUCGAUCAUCCGAAGAAUCGGAAAUCAAAAUCAAGGAAGAACCAGAUGACGUCAUGACGGACGUUGACGGAUCCCCGCCGCCGGCGUUUGGACCAGCUGCGCUGGGUUUGCACCCGGUCGGGACAAAGUUCCCGGAGAAAACCACUCCGACGCAGCCAGUUCAGGCGUUGAACGCGCGCGGGAUGCCCGCCAGGAUACGGAAAAAGAACAAGCUGUUCUUCGAUGACGAUCUGCUGAUUACGCGGAUUCCACCGAAGGGAAGCCCCCGAAAGGGCGGAACGCCAGGUGGAUCGGCAACUUCUUCGCCACAGAAGGGAUUGGUGACACCGGGGAAGACGCUGACCCGUUCCGGACAGAAGAAGAAGAUCUUGUCGCGGUAUGUCAAGAUGAAGGACAGUUUGAAAAAGCGCAAGGAGGAUCCGGAUGAAGGCACGAGCAGUACGCCCCUGCGGGUGAUCAAUCCGAUUGCCCUGCUAGACAAAAAGGCGAGCCAACGGAUUGGACUGCGGUUGAGGAAUCUGCUGAAGCUGCCGAAGGCGCACAAGUUUGUGAGCUACGAGUGGUUCUACAGCAAUAUCGAUCGGGCACUGUUUGAGGGCGAGAACGACUUCCAGAUGUGCUUGCGGGAGAUGUACCCGGAUUUGAAGACGCGACAUUUGACGAGGGCCGAAUGGAACCGGAUUCGCCGAACCAUGGGAAAGCCGAGACGCAUUCCGUCUGAGCGGCAUCCUCGCGGGGGAACUUUACGAUGGAUGGACGAGACUGUUUGCCGAGUUGUUUUGUGCAGUUUGUGUUUGCGAGAAGUGAUCUAUCCGGAGGAAUCAAAGUCGGACACCAUUUUCGGUACGGUUGGGGAUAAGAAAGUUCCAGAAGGCGAUGGACAGGUCAUUUACAUCAAGAUGUCAUCGGGAAGCAUUAUCGAUCUGGCGCAUUCGACAGCGAUUCCUCCUUAUUAAGUAUUAAGUUUAGAAACAUUUCGAGAUUUUUUUAAAUAUUAACAUGUGAUUUGUGAUGUGAUUGUGAAAUGUGAUAAUAACGGAAUUUCAAUAUAUUACCGAGUAGUUA